UGUUUUCAUAUGAGGCACAAGAUACAAAAAGGAAAUGUUUUUUACAAAAUAAGCAAGUUAUAAAAUAGCAAAAUUUAGAACAUUGUAAUGGGUGGAGAUAUGGAAUUAGUUCGCCAAUUCAAUAAUGAGCUUUCUUCAAUUUGUGAAAGCAAACCUCCUGUUUCAAAGGCAAAGAUGGCUUCAAUAACAAGGUUAGCAGUCAAAGCUUUGAAGCACUACAAGCACAUUGUGCACAGUGUGGAAAAAUUUCUACAGAAGUGUCGACCAGAAUAUAAAAUAGCAGCACUUUAUGUUCUUGAUUCAAUAAUUCGACAGUCACGACAUCAGUUUGGUCCUGACAAAGACUUAUUCGGUCCACGGUUUCAAAAAAACCUCAAAUUUUUAUUUCAGAACAUUUUUCAAUGCCCUCAGGAGGACAAGCCAAAAGUUGUAAGAGUGUUGAAUCUUUGGCAAAAAAAUACUAUAUAUUCUCCUGAAGUUAUAUCGCCACUUAUUGAUAUGGCUUCUACCCCAUCAAAGGUGUUAGCUGCUGCAGUUCAGAGGCAUAAAAGUGCAAAAGCUGCUCAUAAUCAAUCCCUUAACAAUGAAAACUUCGAUGACCCUUUUGAAGAUGAUGAUAAUGGUGAAUGCAAAGGUGGUGUCCAGAUGUCUCAAGAAGAUGAAAUAAAAGUUCUUAAGGCUCAGUUGGAGCAGCAAAAAAAACAUCAAGAGUUGCUACAGCAACAAUUGCAAAUGCAAGUUUUAGCUACUAGACAACAAAAUCUCCAGUUUCAGUUGCAGCAAUCACAACAAAAUCUUUUGCCUAGUACUGCUCUAAGUCUUCCACAACAAGUCACGCCACUAAAUCCAUUGUUAAACCAAGCGUUAAAUCCUCAGUUAAACCAAGCAUUAAAUCCUCAGUUAAGUAUUCUUUCUCAUAUACAUGAUCUCACUUUACAACUUGAAAAAGAUAAGGCAACUUUAGCAUUACUAGCCAGUUCAGAAGACAGUGUUCAACCUAAUAGCAAACAAGCAGCUGAAUCUCAAUUUCUUGAAAAUUUUCAACAGUUAAUUCAAACAGCUAAAGGUUUUAUACAAAAGGAUCCACGACAACACAGUGACAUUGGUAAAUCAUCUGAAGAUAAUACCAUUAAUAAACAGCAAUCAGCACAGCAAUUAUCGCAGCCAUUAACUUUACAAUCUACACAACAAUCAAUACUUCAAUUGCCACCGCAACCAGUGCAUCAAUUGCCACAACAACCAGUGAAUCAAUUGCCACAGCAACCAAUACAUCAGGUAACACAGCAACCAGUACACCAAUUAUCACAACAACCAGCACCAUUUGAUGAGGAUGAUGAAAACAAAAAAGCAAGAAAGUAUCAUCAUGGAGAAGACCUUCAAUCGAGCAUUACAGCAGCACAACCAAAAAUUCGAGAAGAACAUUACUCUGUAAAUGAAGGUCCUCCUAAGAAAAAGCCAUUGAUUGAUCUAUAUGAGGACCAGUUGCGAAAGAAGAACUACGAAGAAGAUGAUGAUGCUAUGCAGAUAGACAACGAUGACGAAAUUCACUUAAAUGAAAGUAAGCAGCAUGGGUCAAGGUGGCAACCUUUUACUGAGCAAGUUCAACAUAACCAGGAAUCACCUAAAAAUCAUGGUAGAAUCGAAAGUAGAAUAGAAAAUAAUACAAGAUUAUUAUUGGAGCACAGAAAUAAUAUGCCUCCACCAAAGAAAAAUCGAGUUACUGUUGCAAGUAUUACUGUCUGGGUUGGUCGUUUGCCAAAGAAUUUAUCAAUAGAUGUUGUUCAUGAUGCAUUUCAACAGUAUGGCGAAAUAAAAUCUAUUGAUUACAUUGAAGCCCGUGGUUGUGCCUUUGUUACUAUGAAAAGUAGAGUUGAAGCUGAGAGAGCAUUACGUCACCUAAAAAACAAGCGUAUAGGUGGAUAUGAUGUAAAGAUGGAAUGGGGUCAAGCAAAAGGUUUGCAGCCUUAUUCUAAAUUUUGGGAUGAAAGUUUUGGGUGUGCAUAUAUUCCAUGUGACCUAGUUAAUGAACAAGAGCUUUCUUCAUUAUUAGAAGGUUCAAUUAUUGAUGAAGUAACACUUCCUGUAGGAUUAACACUUCCUAAUGAUAAUGAAGAAUUUUUUGAAUCCUCAACAGAAACUUCUAUUCCUUCAGACAUGUCAGUUCCUCGUCCUUUUAUCAUGCCUCCUGGUCCUUUACCUUUACCAGGGAUGGGCCUUCCAGGACCAGGGUUUAGAGGACAGUAUCCUCCUUUACAUCAGAUGUUGCCGAUGCCUUUUCGACCUCCGCCACAACACAUGAUUCCAAUGCAAGGAGGUGGUCCGCAUAUUAACAAUAAUCCUAAUUUUCAUGUUCAUGAUGACAUGCCUCGAGAUCCCAGAGAUUUGCUUAAACAGAUUCAUCCUCAGUUUCAGCCAGGAAUGUCUUCACAUAGUUCAAUGCAACACUGUGACUUUGGUAAUCGACCUCCUUUUCAUGGAAGACCCCCUGUUCCACCUGGAGAACCACAACGCCAUCACAUGCCAAUGGCUGGGGAACGUUUUGGGUCUCAGCUAUUACCUGGGGAGCGCCCACCAUUUGAAAGACAUUGGUUUACGCCAGAAAAUCGUUUCAAUAGCCCACGAUUUCCACAAGAACAACCAUUAAAUUCACGUAACUUCAACAUGCAUAUUUCUGAGCAAAGUAGUAAUCAUUCUGGUAUGCCCAUGCCUAUGCAGGGGCCUCCAAUGUCUGUAAGAGCCUCUUUGCCACGCCCUAAUUUUAAUGGUCCUGUAUCAUCAUGGGAACCACGAAAAGAACAAGGUAUUACUCAGAUGCAUUGUAAAGAACAGUCUUCUUUAGUUAAUGAGCCUAAUAUGUUUAAAAAUGAUCAAGAUUACAAGGUGGAUCAAGUUGAAAGAAAACCUUUAAGUCCAGAUAGGUCCAGAGAUGACCGUGAUCUGCGAGGCAGAGAAGUUAAUCGCAAUUACAAUGAGCGAGAUCCCCAUAAAUUUGAAUGGAAGGAGAAGGAUCGUCGAGAUGAUAGAAUUGAUCGGGAUGGUCGAAGAGAUGACCGAAGAGAUGAUAGAAAAGAACGUGACACACAACGAGAUGAAAGGGGUCGUAGAGAUGAUCGUCAAAGCAGAAAUGAUGAAAAUAGAAAUAAUCGGCGUGAUCGUAAUGGAAGAGAUGAGUUUAGAGAUGAUUGGGUUAAGAGAAAUGAUUCAAGAGAAAGAAGGAAUCAUUCUCAAGAUAGGUCUUUAAGCAGGCCAAGCGAAAGUUUAUUGAGUGGAAAAUCACCUUCCAAAAAUCACGAUAAUGGUCCAGACACAGAAUUUAAGUUUAAAGAUAAAAAAAAUACUAACUUACCACCAUUAGCUUUUGAUUCCCGUUAUUCAAAAACUGAAAAGAAGCCAAGCAAAACUGACAAAAACUACAGUGAAUUCUCAACUGAUCAAGAGGUUAUUAAUAGCAAGGAAUUUUUUAAUGAGCAAGAAAAUAAAGAUAAUGAUGGUGAUGAUCUUUAUGAUCCGCUUGCUGUUUGCGAGGUAGCGACACCUCCUGGAAGUAUUGUUGAGCCAAAAACCAUUGUUUUGUGCAAAGAAGUUUCACUUGCUGUUAAUUGUAUUCAGCAAAAACCAAAAUCCAGCGUUUUAGAGGAAGCCGUUAUAGAUGUAAAAGAUAAACAUAUAAAUGAGGAUGAAGCUAAUAUAGAUACUGGAGAUAAACAUAAAUAUUUGGACGAAAUCGUUUUAAAUGCUGGAGAUAAACGUAUAGCUUUGGACGAAACCGUUUUGGAUAUUGAUGAUAACCUUUUUAUUUCGAAUAAAACUGCUAUAGAUGCCAGAGAUAAGCCAAUAGUUAUUGAGGAGAUUGUUACAGAUGUACGAGAUAAAAACAUAAUUUUGGAGGAAACUGUUCUAGAUGCGGGAAAUAAAAAAAAUAUUUCAAAGGAAACUGUUUUGGGUGCCUGUGAUGAACACAUUGCUGGUAAUAUAAAAAAUGGUAAAAUAGUUGAAGAAAAACAAGAAGAAUUAGUCGAGAACAAUCAGUAAUGGAACAGUUCGAAUAUAAUGUUUUUAAUAAACCACAAAAAGUGAAAAAACUGCUUUUGAUCGAAAAUAAAGUUCUGAGUGAACUGAGUUGAGAUUAAACUGAAUCUAUAGAAUAAUCGUGUAAUUCUCAUUGAAUUAAAUGAAUAUCUUGCAUGUAUGUAAAAUAUCACAUCUGAGAUUUUAUACGUUUUAAAUUUUAACCCAUAUAAUAUCAAUCAUAUUUUGUA